AUGAUAGCAACGAAAAUAACAGUUGGCUUUAAGCCGCCUACCCAUUAUAAUCUAGGGAGUAAUAACAUAGUUGGCUGUGUUAGGCAUAAAUCCAAAGAAUAUGAAGCACUUUCAUAUAAACCGUCUGAUAAACACUCGAGCAAAUUUAAAAUAAGAGUAGGUCGUUCCCCUCCAAAGCCGGAAGAAAAUAUGAGUCAUAAUGCUGAAUCUACUACCAUGCUUAUGAAAAAAAAUGCUAUCGUGAUAAAUGAGUAUAACAACAAUCCAAAAUCAGUUGUUUCGCGUUCUACAUGUCUACCGGAAAGAGAAAAGGAUAAUUCAACCGUCAAUAAUUGUGUCAAUGAAAAUAUCCCAAAUGAUACAAGUAUAUUUGCUGUUUGCAAAAGCAUUGAUGCAGCUAUUAAUACCGGGGUUGAAACAGUACAUAAAAGUCCAAAGGUGGUUUCUACAUCGGAAAAUCCAAAACAAAACAACCAAACCCUACCAAAAAAAGAGUCUAAAAGUGUUGCUAUGGCCUUUAACUCGGUUUCAAAUUUAAAUGAAAUUCCUCAAGAUAAAAAAGAACUCCUGGAAAUAUUAAAAUCAAAAAUUAAAAUUACAAAAAACCUGCUUAGAAUAAAAAAUUCUACCCAGGAUUUUAUUCCAAAACUAAUGGAAAUGAAUGAUUCUUAUGCAUGUGUAGAAUAUUCUCUUGAUAGACUGAAAACAAACUCCUUAAUUAUCCAUGCUGAUGACCAAAAUUUGAAUUCCAUAAGUUCGACAGAAGAGUGGAAAAAGCACAUCCCAAGCUGUGAAAUAAUCGAUAAAGUUGGUUACAAGGCAAACUCUAGGCUCAUUGAAAUCGUUUGUUUUGUUGAAUAA